GAGAGGGGGCUGCGAAGCUGGCCGAGGAGGACGUGGAGGACCUCUCGGGGAAGGUGCCAGGACGCUGGAUACAAUUGCCCACCCCCGGGCGCAGCGAUUACGGCGUGCACUUGUCAGGCGUGGCGGGCUCAUCUCUGCAGCAGCACCCUGCAAAAAACCAGAAACGCGGCUCCUACUGACCAUUCCGGUCGGCUGUCACGUUAAUGACACACGACCUCCGCCAGAAAACCAGAGUGACAGCUUCACCCAGUGUGUCUGCUGACUCCUUCCUUCAUUCUUUUACACUGGCAAGUGCUGCUUUUAAUUUGCAGGUUGCUACCCCUGGGGGAAAGCCUAUUGAUUUCGUUAAUGUUAAUGAGGCAAACAUGCGUUGGAUCCAGGACUUUCGUAUGAAAUCAUAUGCAAAUCCUGCCAAAUUAGAAUCAACUGAUGGUGCCCGAUACCAUGCACUGUUGAUUCCUGACUGUCCUGGUGCUGUAACGGAUUUAGCAAACAGUGGGUACUUAGCUAGGAUAUUGCAGCAUUUCCGCUCUGAAAACAAACCCAUUUGUGCUGUUGGGCAUGGAGUUGCCGCCUUAUGCUGUGCUACAAAUGAGGACAAAUCCUGGGUAUUUGAAGGAUACAGUUUAACAGGGCCCUCUGUGUAUGAACUGAUCAGAUUGCCUAGUUUUGCCAGCUUACCCAUUAUUGUUGAAGACUUUGCAAAAGAUUCUGGCGCUAACUUUAGUGCCAGCAAAGCAGAUGCAGUACAUGUAAUCCUGGACCAGCACCUUGUCACUGGGCAGAAUGACAACUCCACAGUUGCAGCUAUCCAGAAUCUUAUUUUUCUCUGCAGUACCAAGAAGUGAUGAGCUACUGUCUCCUUGUAACUGAUCAAUACAGAAGACUGUUUGGCCUGGGAUAUGAAUCAUUUGCUAAUGGAGAUGACUAGCAUCAGUUUGUUGACUGCCGUCAGUAAGUCAAAGACAGCAGCAAGGUUUUCUAAAGAUGGACUGUGUUAAGUUGGAGAAUGUAUAUUAAAAUUCCAGGUACUGGAAGAAAUGUAUGCUGUGUACUGUCCUUAAGAUGAUGUGUAUAUGUUAAACCAGAGUGUAUACAUUAAACUAGCAGCUGUCCUUCUGCCAAUGUCUACAAUUUGCGCUGAUAAAAAUACAGCUCUGCUACUGAUUCUCAGAUUAGUUCUUUGUUGUUUUUCUGCUGAAGUUUUCAUUCUAAGCUCCAGAACAAAUACAUUGUUUUAUAUUUUAUUCUAUUCAUUGUAAGCAUUAAAGUGGCCCACAUGUUCCUGGUCAAGUUGAAAGGCAGAGCCUGGCUCAACUACAACAGCCUCCAAUGAACAGAUUCAGAACAAGUAAAAAUGAGGACAUAAAAACAGCACUCCAGCCAAAGCAACUUUAUUUAUACAGGAAAUGUCUGUAUAUGCAUUCAGUACACAAUCUUAUUCAAGCAGAUCCUCAUACCUCAUUACCAUCACCCAACUUCCUAAAUGCCACUGUUACUGUAUCCUGUUAUAAAUGCUGGUGGGAGAAUUCUGGGAUUUUAUGGGUGAGCAGUUCACUUGCUGUCAGAAGGCACUGCAGGUAGAGCCGCCUAAAAUCCCAAAUGAUCCCAUUUGCUCUCUGAAAUUUUGAAUGCCCCCCAGAAGGGGAUGUACGGGAUGUCAAGAAUUAUUGUUCUAGAAGAUAAUGGGAUUGCAUCAAGAUUAAACUGGCAACUUCAACCCACUCCCCCUUGCUGCUGCAGAACCCAUUCAGUUUUCCAGAAGCAAAAAUAAUGGAGAUCCAUGGGAGCAAGGGAAUCAGGAAAGUUCCAUUUUGUGGUCAAAAAUGUAGGCUGGAACCAGAUUCACUCUGGUUGUCUGCAAAAUGUAGUACUCAGAUAGGUAGUGAUUCCCCAGGAUCUGAUGCAGAGAUCUUUCACAUUACCUACUAAGAUCCUUUUAACUAAUGAUGCCAGAGACUGAACCUGGUACCUUCUGCCUGUUGAACAAAUGCUCUGCUGUUGCACCACAGCCUGCCUACUUCACACUAGCCAUGAUUGAAAACUUCUGUAGACUCCUUGUGUAGUUCUUUUUUUCAUGUGCUGCAUUACAAAUAAAUUUACUUGCAAACCA